GGUGUCCAUAGUCGCACGCGCGCGCCUGUGUGCGUACCCACUCAUGGCAGCGGACUAUGACGGCUCGUAGAUUUGACAGCUAGCUCAAUGCGGGUUCAGACGUUCAUUAAACACAGGCCGAUGUAAUUUCGUGAAAUUGUUGACAGUUUGUUUACGUGCGAAAAGGACAGCUCUCCAGUGUUACCGUUCGGCUCUGAAAAGUGUUUCGUUUUUUUUUUUCGUUUGAAAGUUUUUCGCGCACUUGAACUUGACUUCCGGCAAGUCCUGUCUCCCGAUUGAUUUGUGACAUGUUUCGAGUAUUUAUUUAUCAUGUUCGCAAUUAGAUGCGCUUCGUUGAAAAUCGUUCUGAGGGGCACCGACAUGAAUAAAAUAUCGGCCGCGGUUUGGUGGUCCCGACUAGACGGAAUGCUAACUCUAUUUGACGAGUGGAAAAAAUAAAUUGGACACUAAUGGACCAGGUUGGAAUAUAUCAUUUAAUUAUGGCAAGAAUGAGGUGAUAUUAGAUACGUGUAUUUAAUACAUUAAACAAUUGUGAUGUGAAGACAUUAACCAUUUGACCAGUGGAAGUUUUUGGUUGACAUUUUUUGUGCAUCUUAAUUUUUUUUUUUCUUUUUGAUGGAUGUUUUUUCUUCCGUUUUGGAUUACUUACGUAAUAUAUUUUAGAUUCGCCGAGUUUCUGAUGAGGAUACACCGUCCCAACUCACCGUGAGCCAACAGUGGGAUCAACCGCCGCUGUGUAGUGAAUGGAAUCCGAAGUGUGUGUGUAGUGACUGAUACGGUGACAGUGUCGGCCCUCGCGGCCGAGUACCUGCGACGGAAGCCACGGACGCGAGCCACGCGGGCUGCGCGCCCGCGAUGAGUGCCAACAGCUGCGACAACAUGACAUACUUCUCCAACGCCUACAUGCCCGACAUGAGGAACGGCGGCCACGACCACGCGCAAGCCCACGCGCACUAUGGGGCUGUACCACAGCAGGGCCACGAGAUGGAGGGCUGCGACCAGCAGCUCAGGCCCGGGCAGCACCACUACCCCGCGCAGCCCGCCCCUGGCAUGCCUUACCCCAGGUUUCCGCCCUACGACCGGCUGGGCUACUACCAACAGAUGGAACAGAACGGGUACCGGCCCGACAGUCCGACCCAGAUGCACAUGGGGCCGAAGUCCGACGGCUACGGGCCCAACGGCCACCAGCCGCCGACGCCGGCGGUGUACCCCUCGUGCAAGCUCCAAGCGGUGGCGGCGACGGCGGGGGGAGUGCCGGGCAGUCCGCCCCUGGAGCAAGCUCAGCAGAUGCCGCACCACAUGCACCCGCAGCAGCACAUGCAGCACGGCAUGCCACCGCACCAGCAGCACGUCAUGUACCCGGUGGACGACAUGCAGCACCAGACGCAGAUGCCGCCCAUGCACCAGCAGUCCAUGCACCCGCAGCAGGCGCCGCCUCAACAACCCCCGCCGAAUACGAACGCGUCGCUCCCCAGUCCACUGUACCCUUGGAUGCGAAGUCAAUUUGAACGAAAGCGGGGACGGCAAACGUACACCCGGUACCAGACCCUCGAGUUGGAGAAGGAGUUCCACUUCAACCGAUACCUGACGCGGAGGAGACGGAUCGAGAUCGCGCACGCCCUCUGUCUCACCGAGCGCCAAAUCAAGAUCUGGUUCCAGAACCGGCGCAUGAAGUGGAAGAAAGAAAACAAGACCAAAGGCGAACCCGGCUCCGGCGAUGAACCGGACAACAUGAGUCCGCCCACCUCGCCCCAGUAAAAGCCUUUAGCUUAGUUCGUGCGGUCCAAGUGACAGAUCGAUUUGUUUCAGAUUUAGACCUCAUGACACCGAGUCGGUUUGUGUCCAUUUAUUUUCAUAUAACAUUGAAUUUUGUGCACUGGAAUGAUGAAUCUGAAACUUAUGAUCCGGUGGCCGAAGUUACUAGAACGGUUUAAUUUGUAUAAAUUGUAUGUUGGACUUUUCAUGAUAAUAUUAUGAUUAUAACUAAUGCGUAAUUAGUGACUUGGCAUAAAGAGUAAUGAUAGUGUGAUGAAGAGAUUUUUACAGUUGUUAAGUAUAAAUUAAUUUAUAGAACAAUCUCAAUACCAAUAAUUACCAAAAAAGCAGUGUAUAUGAUUAGUGAAGCUGCAUCAGUACCGAUGUGAUUAAAUACAUUUAACGUACCUAGUUUGGUUAUUGUUUUGAAUAUUUACAGUAACUUGGGAGUCUCUCCUGAGGUACUGUUUAUCAUUUAUCAAUGAACAAAGUGCUCGGUAUAUUAUUUUAUGGUUUUCUUUUAAAUUUAUUUUUAAUAAAUGAUUUAAAACGUACUUAUUUAAUUAUAAUAUACGAAAUCAAUAUAAAACUAUUAAUUAUACCGGUUAAAGCACUUUGUAAUAAGAAAUGAUAAACCUUUUGAUUAGUAUUGAAUUACAAAACCAUAAGGACCUCUUAUAAUUAACCAUUGAUAAGAAGGCAAUUAGUAACGAUAUUGUUAUUAUUUAAUAUAUUUGAUGUUUUAUUUCUAAUUAAGCUAUCGAAAUGCUAUUUUGUACAUAUAAAAAUGAUAAUUUUAGAUUUUAUGAUUAUGUACAAUUGUUUUAGUGUGAAUAAUAUUAUUGAUAUUUUGGAAAUCGACGAUCGGUUCUUGACUCGAUCUUACAGGAACUAGGAUAUUUUAUUUUGUGAAUCUUCUCUGAUUUUAACUCUCAACUUCGUAGUUGGAAAGGCCAGUUCAACAAGUGCAAUGUAUACGAUUUUUCGAUGACACAUAUACGUAAUUAAUGAUACUGAUAAUAAAUUCAUAGGAAAUCUAUUUAAUAUUAUUGUAAAAUGUUGCAAGGGUGAAGCUUAAGAAUCUUAAUGUACUUUUCUAAUUCUAUUGAAAGCGGGCGUUUGUAGCGGUUUGGUAUUAACGAAACAAAUUGGAAUUGAAGAAACAGACAGAGAAAUUCACUCAUUGUGUAAUUAUACUUAGUGGAACAAAAGUUACCUUCAGUUUUGUGGGUGCGGUGGUAUUUACUUAUUUAACUCAUAAUUUGAGACCUUUACGAGAUGAAUCUAAGUAGUUGCGAGGAUGUGUACACAGUAUACCAAAGUUAGGAAAUAAACUGGUUGUUCAGUGUUAUAGGCGCCUUCUAAGCGCGUUGAAGGUGCAUGUUAUUCGGCCAUUUCAUAUUAUACGUGUCUCACGGAGACAAACAAAGGUAUUUUUAUAAAAUCAUUGCCUAUCGAAACCAAUAUACGUAAAAAUCGAACAUUAAUUAUUUACUUACUUGUAUCUUGAUAGUCUUAUGAAUAAGUACUGUUAAAGAAGAGUGGAUAGAUGUCUGAUGAAAGUCGGGAUUCGCGUUAUACGUUUUUUCGAUUUAAUGUAAACUAUUUAUUGUAAAUUGUUUUUUUCGCAUACUUAGAUAUUAAUUAGAGAAUGUUUUAUUAAGAACUCGGUGAGCCCGUUUUAUCUUACACAUAUAUUUUUAUUUGUGCUGUGUUCGUUAAGUAAUGUAAAUUGUAUUAACUGUAUAUUGUCGAUAUUUUACACGAUAUUUAUUUAUUGAUUCGCUUUAGGUUCGCUGUCACAUUUUGUUUUUAUUAUUUUCCAAUUAGACUGGACGAUGUUAGUGGUCUGGCUGGGAUGCAUUUUUUUAUAUAAUUUAUAAAAUUUGCUCAAAUAUUUCAUUUUAUUUCGUUUAAAAGCAUCCUUCAAAGUGAAUUGUUACGGUAAUUGCACAAAAUUAUUUGUCAAAUACAUUCUCAAGUGGGUUCGAUUAUUUAGUACCAGUAUGUUUUGUGUUUUCUUAUAUUAUUAUAUAUAGUAACAUAGUUUUCUUUAGGUAUUAUGAAACAAACCUUUCUAUUACUUAGUCUAUUUGGUACAGAAGAUUCUAAAAUUGAUCGAUCGUAAUCCAAAAUGAAUGAAAUUAUGUUGUUUAAGCUUUUAAUAAACUGAAUUCCUGUAUAAUUAAAGUAAUCCAUCAUUAAUUAAUUAUCAAUUUUUAAAUUUACCUUUGAAUAAAAAACAUUAAUAAAAAUCCGAAGGUUUUUAACGGGCACUCAUUAUGAUGAUAUUUUAAAGUGGCUAAAUUAAUGAUUUAAUGGAAAUAAAAAUAAGGAUUUAUGAAGGCUGGCCUUUAAAAACCUUUAGUGAAAUAGAUCCCAUUUCUGAUCCACUGGACGAUUCCUACCACAGAUAAAUGCUGUUCCUAAAUUAAAAAGAACGACUCAUUUAAAUGUAUCAUUAGAAACUUUUUGACACAGUGAUUUAAUUAUUAAUGAAUGAAUCAAUUCAUAUUUUCUCGAAACAAAGCAGGUUUUAUAUUGGUAGAAGUUAAACCCAUAUGUAUUUAAUAUUUAAUUUCUUCUAUUGAAAGCUACUGUAACAAUUCGCUUUAGGUUGUAAUAACAUGCGCGUUGGUACCUAAUGUUAUCGAAUCCCACAGGCUAUGGCGGUAGAAGACCAUAGAGUGUUAUAUGUUUUCUAUUUUGUGCAAUCUAACUAAAUCCCGCGCCAGAUGUUAGAUAUUUGGUUUGUAAAAAAAAACGAAAUAUUAGUUUUAUAAAAUUACAAUUAAGUUUUGGUCGUUAGGUCUACUGACAGUUCUUGAAUUAUUAAAAAAAAAUAUUAGGACCGUAGAAAAGAUUAUUGGAUCCUAAUUUGGGGGAUUUUAUUUACCAUUAUUUCCUAUCGAUUCAAAAUUUAUGAAAUAUAACUAUAAUUAGUAACAUAAUAAGGUUAGGCGAGACGAUAUUGUCAUAAAUAUAUAAAUAAAUACAUGAAAUUAAUAAAGCAUAAUGAUUGUAAA